AUAAAACUGCAAUGUAUUAAUAAUAACAACUAUCGCAUUCGGAAAUAGUCGAAUUAUGGUUUAAGCUGUUGUACCAGUGCUCUGAAAUGACAAUAACAAUUUUCAUCGCACUUCUAAUAGUCGCCAAAAUUAGAGCCGAUUGCGUAAUCGACUUCGAUAUUGUCGAAAAAGGGUGCGCAAAACCUCUAGAUUUGAGUCCAACAAUUGUCUUCUACUAUCUCACGAGAGGUUACGCAUACGUGGACGUGCCAAAAGUUCAAGACUUCGUAACUUGCACUUGGAGAAAAUGGGGUUACGAAAAUCUGGACGGUUCCUUAAAUUACGACAAAAUGAGAUCCGACAAAAUGCUUCCGUGGAAAUUGGCGCGUCAUUGCAACGAAUUUCCCGAAGAGUAUAAGGCCUUCGAGUCGGCCUUCCGAAAAACCGUCACCGAUUGCGAAAGAAAACCUCCUCCUAGCCCUACCGCUGAAGGUACGCGAUUGUGCAUCAACUCAAAUUACACGAAAUAUAUUCCUAAUAUGUAAUCAAGCCGCCUACACAAGCACGGUCUAAACCUUCGAGUAGGGUGGUAUACGUGUGGUCAUAAUUAACAGUUUCAGCCCCUCGUUAACAAAAGCUCUAGGCGUAAGCCACCCUCACUGUCCUAUCACCUCUCAUUAAAAUCACGAAGAUAUACUGCCUCAUUUGCAUUCCGCCUCCAUACACCCACAAAAUUAUCACAAUUUCAAUCUGACCUAUUUUUGAUAAAUGGGAAUCCCGCUUGCGGCUGUAUUACAUAAUCAAAAGCACUUAAUGCAAUCGGCUAUUAGAAGUAUUGUUUCGCACACAUGCGGGACCGUUUCGAUUUUUGGUUACUUGCAUUGCACGAACACUGUGGCCGCUCCACGUAAUUGUAGAUUUACAGCAAAUUAUUUUGUUGCUUAACAGACCUGCUGUUCUAAGAAUGAAUUAAUAUUAAAAUGUUGAUGUGUAAUUUAUUUUGUUAGUGAUUUUGUGUCAAUAUAAUUUUGAUCACACA